AUGGACUCGACCCGACGUCGACGACUCCUGUACAUGGAGAAGGGAGCACCCUUCAAGCUACCGAGGACCACGUUAUUCCGUACCAAGAAGGAGGCUGCGGCAAAGAGCAGCCAUGACCCCACAGCUGCCAACUCCCACGACGUCCCCAGUGAUGGCGAAGAGCUUGACUCUGAUUUCGAUGUGCCAGCGACUGUGGCUGCAGAAGAGCCUGUCUCUCCCGAGAGUGAAGAAGAGGAAACAGUUGAGUCAAGGACAGAAACUCCUCCCAUUUCUGAGGAGACCACGGAACGACCACCGCUGGUGGACGAGGGGGAUCUCAUAGCAGCAAGCCUACGGGCUUUCGGGGCGGAAACGCUGCCCCAUUCCACAACCACAAAAGCCGCUGCAGUUGCCAUGAUAAUGGCGUUUGUGGCUAGCGAAGGGUUGACCUGGAAGGGCCUCGAUAACCUCCUUGUAAUGAUCAACUUCUUCUUUGCACCGGAGCCAGCCGUCCUGCCCCCCAGCAAGUACCUCUUUCGGAAGCUCUGGGGAUCCGAGACAGAGUCGGCAGUUGUGCGGCACUAUUACUGUCGUGCAUGCAAUGACCUUUUGGACAUUGCAGAGGAAGCUGGCAUCUGUCCAACAUGCGAGAAGACCACCAGUCUGAAUGAUGCAAAAAAAGACGGUGCCUUCUUUGUUGUCCUUGACAUCCACAAACAGCUGAACCAUGUCGUACAGAGAAGCAAGCCAGCUCUCCACACAAAGCUAACCCAGGUAGCCAGGGACCCGGGGACAGCCAGCACCAUCACGGACAUUACCGAUGGCCAGGCGUAUGCCAAACUCAAGGCGUCUGGGACUGUACAAGGUAGCGACCUCACGUUGACAGUAAGCACCGAUGGGAGUCCGGUCUUCACAUCUUCUGGAGCAUCUGUGUGGCCUAUCCAAUUCACGGUCAACGAGUUGCCAGUGCCUGAACGGUUCCGGCUCUCCACCCUAGCUGGGCUUUGGUUCGGGAAAGGGCACCCGAAUAUGACCUUGUUUCUCGGGAAGUUCGUCGAAGGAGUGAACGCCAUGGAACCAGUCCUCUGGCAGCACCAAGCGACUCGGCACUCAUCGAAAGCAUUCGUCCUGUGCUUCUGCUUAGACGCCCCUGCACGCUCCUCCGUUCAGAACAUUGUGCUCUUCAACGGGUAUUUCGGAUGUCCGUGGUGCCACAUCAAAGGAGAUUAUGUCGACGGAAGCCUCAGGUUCCUUUCAUUCGAGGAUGUGCCCGGGAGGACAUCAGAAGGUGUCCGACGUGACAUGGACCUGGCACUGGAGACCUCGAUGACAAUCAACGGCUACAAGGGUCCCUCACCCGCCGUGAACCUCCCACACUUUGACUUGGUGUGGGGCUUCACGGUGGAGUAUAUGCAUGGCGUGCUGCUGGGCGUCACUCGCCAGAUCACAGAGCUGCUGUUGUCCUCCACUAACUCCAACGAGCGCUUCUACAUAGGCAGCCCCAGUUCAGUCGCAGCACUGGACAGGCGUCUACUUCUGAUCAAGCCUCCCCACUGCUUCACAAGGCUGCCAAGGUCGCUGGGAACUCGUGUCAACUGGAAGGCGUCCGAGUGGAGGCACUGGCUCCUCUUCUACUGCCUCCCCUGCACACAGGGGAUCCUCCCGUUGCGGUACUGGAGCCACCUUGCCAAGCUUGUUGAGGCCAUCCACCUACUCCUGAGGGAGGAGCUGACUCCGUCUUCUAUCGACCAAGCUGAGACCCUCCUGUUGGCCUUCGUAGCCAGCACCAGGAUCCUCUACAAGGACCUGGCGAUGACCUUCAACGUCCACCAGCUCCUCCACCUUGCAGAGGCGGCGCGGCAGAUGGGACCACUCUGGGGCCACUCUGCAUUUGUUUUCGAGAGUGGAAAUGGGCAUUUGGUCAAACUGGUAACUGGGGCAAAUGCAGUGCCAAGCCAGAUUGUGGAGAGAGUCGUGAUGGAACAGCACCUAGAGUGCCUUCUGACCUCGCCACUCUUGUCAGACAGCUGUAAAGAGAUGUGCAACAGAAUGCUGGGGUACCCUAAGCUCCUGAACUUUAUGUCUGUUGGUGAAGUUGGUCUGCUUGGCUGCCCGCACAAGCUCGUCCUCUCUGAGCAGCUCAAGUCAGCCCUUUCGGAGUAUGUUGAUGAGUGCCCUGACCUUGCUGCAGAGUACACGAGGUGCACUAAUUGCAUGCAGCUGGCACUGGUCAAUCAGAUGCAUCUGAUACUUAUGCACAAUAUGAUUGAGGUCCUUCAUUUUUAG